AUGACAGAAUUAAAUAAUAAAGAAUUAUUCGAAUUAUUCAGUGAAUGUUCAAGUUUAACAAGUAUUGCUGACGAUAUAUUUAAUAGCGUCCAAGAGUCAAGUAAAGAGAACAUCAAAUCUAUAGAUAUAAACUCGGCAGAGCAACAGUUAAAUUUGGUUAUUGAGAAUUAUAGUAAAUCAAUUUCAAUUUUAAAUCAUAUUAAAAAUAAUGAAAAUUAUUUAGAUUUUAAAAAUGAAGUUGAAAAUAGUUUAUAUUCAACAAAUUUAAAAAGAAAUAAAACCAUUGAGUUAAAAGGAAAAAUAAUAGCAAGUAAUAUUCCAGAAAAUAAUGUCAAAAGAAUUUUUACAUUAUCUCAAUGCACAGUUUAUAGAUGGCAAGAAGAUAUCAAUAAGGCAGCAAGUCAACAAAAAACAAAUUUUUCACCAAAUAUUAAUCAAGUUAUAGAAAAGGAAAUUUUGGGUACAGGUAAUUUUCAAUUGUUAAAAUUAAAAGAAGAUAAUUCAUUAAAUUUAAUAAAAGUGAAGAUCCAAGGCAAUGAAAAAGAUGGUGAUCGAGAUCAAACAUUUAUCAUUACACCUGAAACUGGUAUAUUGGUUUAUCAAAGAGGCCAUUAUAUUCUACAAGUAGAUAGUUACUUUUAUGGUUUAAUAUUGCCAGAGAAUAUUCCGCCAGCAUACAUUGAUGUUUUGGAGAAACUUUUGGUAUCCAUUUCAUAUCUUGUUGCAUUACCACCCACUCAAGAAACAACCACUACAACCACUACAACCACUACAACCACUACAAGCACAUCAUCAACCACAGUAAUUGUAGAUCCAAAUGAUCCAAAUAACAAAGAGGUAAGUAUUGUAGUAUCAUCGAUAAAAUCAGCCUCAAGUGGUAUAGAUUCAGGGUCCCAAUCAAUAGUCAAUGGUAUAUUAACAGCAUCAGCAAUGAUUUCAAUUGGAUUAAGAGGUGGUGGAUUUUUAUUAAAAUCUAAACUUGAUAAAAACGAAGAGCCAGCUACAGUUAGUCCUUUUGUUAUUAAAAGUGUAGAUGCUAUUAAGGGUGUUACUCCAUACGCUAAGCAAGGUUCACUUUUUUUAAUCGAUUCAGUUAGUACCGUUGUAGCAGGUGUUGGUAAUGGUAUUGUUUCUGGUGUCAAGUAUUUCAUCCCAGAAAAUCAAAAUGGUGAAAAAGAAAACGAAACUUUUAAUGCAGCAGUAGAUUUUGGUAAACAAUCAUUCAAAUCUAUUUCUUCAAUAGUCGGUGCUGUUGGUGAUGGCAUUUCUCAAAUUUAUGACGAAGCCACUGGUACAACUGUAGAUGUCUUAAAUCACAAAUAUGGUGAACAUGUCGCUACAAUCACUGAUAAAUCAUUUUCGGCAAGUAAAGAUAUAUUUGAUACCGCCAUGAAUAUAAGAGGUCUAGGUUUUAAUAUUGCUAAAAAAGGUGGUAAAACUAUUGUAGAAGAAUCAUUCAUAAAGAAAACAGAAACAUCACAGUUAUUAUUAGAAACAAAUGGUGAAGUAGAAUUACAAAAAACUCUACAAAUUGAAGAACAAUCAACUAUCACUUUAGAAAAAGAAUCAGAUAUAUUUGAAGAUAAUGAAGAAAAUCAAGAAAAUCAAGAAAAUCAAGAAAAUCAAGAAAAUUAAUUUAAAUGAAAUAAAGAUAUAGUUGUAUUAGUAAAUAUUAUAAAAUAUAUUAUUAUA